AUGGCUAACUUGAAGCCCUGUCUGUUCAGAUGCUGUGUGCUGGUGUGCGUGGUGUGCACCGUGGCUGUGCUGUGCGUGUGGAUCGCGUCACUGUCGGGGACCACAUGUCCCUCCGGCAGCUUCAGGCGCGCCGCCGUGUCCGCGGACUCGCAGCGCUGCUCGGACAUCGGCAGGCUCAUGCUGCAGCAGGGCGGCUCGGCAGUAGAUGGCACCAUUGCAGCUCUUCUGUGCACGUCCUUGGUCAAUCCUCAGAGCAUGGGGAUCGGAGGAGGGUCUAUAGUCACUAUACGAGAUAAAACAGGCCGCGUCAAGGUCUACAACUUCAGAGAGACGGUCCCGCAGUCGUUCAAGCCAAACCUGUUGGAUGACUGUCCCAUUACAUUCUCACCUUCCUUAGGCAGCCAGUGGAUCGGCGUGCCCGGAGAGCUGCGGGGCUACCAGGCCCUUCACGAGAAGUACGGGAAGCUGCCCUGGGCCAAGCUGUUCGAGCCCACAAUCAAACUGGCCAGAGAGGGAUUCCCUUUGCCGCAGUAUCUGGGAGACCUCCUGAGUGUCCCUCUGGUGAAAGGCAUCGUGGAACCCUCAUCUCUCUGUUCUCUGCAAGUUAUGUGCAAGAAGAACAACACUGUUCUGAGCCAAGGAGACACCCUGAAGUUUUCUAAACUAGCUGAAACCAUGCAAACAGUAGCGGAUCACGGGGCAGAAGCCUUCUACACUGGCAAGAUAGGACAGGACUUAAUCCAAGACAUAAAAGAACAAGGUGGGACGUUAACAAUGGAGGACCUAAACUCGUUCAAGGUGCGGGUGGAAGACGCAUGGACGGUGCCUUUAGGAAAUACUAAAAUCCACAUCCCUCCACCGCCUGCUGGGGGCGCCAUGCUUGGCUUCGUUCUGGGCCUCAUGAAAGAGUUUUCCUUGACUCCAAACGACUUGAAAGGUGAACAAAAGAUUCAGAUCUACCAUCUUUACAUAGAGGCACUUAAAUUCGCUAACGGAGGAAAGAGGAACAUCAGAGAUCCUGUCUUUAAAACGAAUAAGAGUGCAGAACACCUGAUUGAUCCCUCCUUCAUUAAACGCAUCAAAGAGAUGAUCUCAGACCGAGCCCAUGAGAAAUCCUACUACGACAACAUCCAGCCGCCUCCCGAUCAAGUCGGGACAACGCACGUGUCCGUCAUGGAUGAAGAAGGACUGGUCGUCUCGGCAACUAGCACCAUAAACCAAUUGUUCGGAGGAGCCAUUUACUCUCCCCAAACCGGCAUCAUCCUCAACAAUGAGCUGGCCGACUUCUGUGGGCGAGCAGACUCAGUGAGGGCAGGUGAGCAGCCUCCCUCCUCCAUGACUCCAGCGAUACUGGAGUUAGAGUCUGGAGGACUCCUCGUGAUUGGCGGAUCAGGAGGAAGCAUGAUCCUCUCAGCGGUUGCCUCGUCUUUAAUAAAUCACCUGUGGCUGGGGAUGAGUCUGAAAGACGCCAUCGCUGCUCCCAUUGUGUAUGUGGACGCGAAUAACGAUGUGAACUUUGAGCUUGGUUUUGACGAGACUGUGAGGGAGGACCUCAUGGGUCUUGGACACAAAGUUGGAACCUGGCCAUACUUCCUCAAUGUAGUCAAUGGUUUGGAGAAAGACAAAGGCUGCAUUGUAGCUGUAUCAGACAAAAGGAAGUUUGGAGCGUCGUCUGGAUACUGACAAGCGAGAAGCUGAGGACGCAACGCCAUCCCACCAAAAUCCGCCCUGAAGACUGACUGAAGCUUAAGCCUUAAGACCAAUGAAUGUGCCGCAUCCCUGAUGACAGAAUGUGAAAAAACAGGACGCUAGUAAUCUCAAAGGAUAUUUGCAGUUCAUCAUAACUCCAUCUUUUCUAUCGAACUAGUCAGCACUGUACCCUCCAAAGUGAUCACAGAGAUCCUGGGAAUCAGCAACACGCCUUAAGAAAAAGUAAGAGAAGGAAAAAUGAUCAGUUUAUCUGAGCCGGAUAAUUGAAAUCACUAAAUUUUUUCAGUUUUAAUCCAACUUUACGACACAUUUCAUUCCUCGUCAGAUGUUCCCAGAUCUCAGCAAUUGACUUAGUGAGUUUGAGUUGAAGAAAUGACGCCUUAAGCAAAACUAGUCAUGACAAACUGUAGCUAUCCUUUGAGCUGAAUGAACUCACAUACACUGAUGUCAGCAUACCUCUAAAAUGACGCACAUGAAACAGCUCCUGUUGAGAUCUGCUUUUAUAAAGUGAAGGACUACGCCCUCCUGACUGAAGCGUGUGCACCACUGGGUCAUAAAACCAGAUCUACAGUACAGAUCGACAAAAGGCCAACCCACGGCUGUGUAAUACCAAGUCUGUAAACAACAGUGAAAAUUAGAUUUUCUGUCUAUAAGAACUGUGGAUGAGCCAUGCGACCCAGCGCAGUGACGUGUGAGUUCAAUGCUGUCGAAGGACGUCAGCUCCAACUUUGACUGUGACCUUUUCUAUGAAUGUGAAACAGCUUUAUUCAGAUCCUGCAGCACCACCUGAUCGUCCUUUAAACAAGGAGGAGACGCUGCAGAAUUUAUUUUUCCGAAAAAACUGAGCAGAUUCUUAAGGAACAAAAUCCUUUACUUAUUUCCUUACAGUGCCUUCUAUUUUU